UUUCCGAAAUUCACAAAGAAUAAGAAAAAAAAGGUAAACCAGACCUAAAGUCAGUGUGUUAAAAUUACUACCUGGUGUAUCAGUAAUUAAAGCAGAGAGCAUAAUGUCAAACCAAUUCAGUGAUGAAAUUGCUCCGGAUAUGGUGGGUCCGCAUGAUCCCAAGUCAUCAAAUAAUGAACCAUUAAAACAUUUAGAUACUGUCAUUGCUUUGUACGAUUUUUCUGCCACCCAACCUUCACAUUUACCCUUAAAUUUAGGUGAUACUGUAUAUGUUCUAUCCAAAUCUAAUACUGGUUGGUGGGAUGGUGUUGUUAUAUCCCCAAAUGGAGAGCUUCAAAGGGGCUGGUUCCCAAGCAAUUACGGAAGAUCGGUCAACUAUGUUCAGCCGGUUUUGAACAAGUUGAAAAGCAACAAAGAAUUGGAUUCAAUAACAGCAGCCAACACAGCAGCAAAUGUAUUGAUACCCUCAUUCACAAAUUUGCUUCAAAAGAAUUUAGGUGAUUCUGAAAAGAAUAGCCCGUCCAAUACAUCAAGAAAGAACUCAGUAGUAAGUUUUGCAAGUUCAGAAACAAGUAUUCCAUCGGACUCAAAGACACUCUCGAUAGCCGAGAUAUCAACUCCAGAGAACACACCUACAUCACAAUCUUUACAAGAUGGAUUAAAUGAGAAUGAUGAAAUAAACCCUAAAGAUGUCGAGGAAGCAGAAAGGCUAGCCGAAGGGUAUCGAGAGAAAUACGGUAAAAGCGUUACUUGGAUUCCUAAAGUAACCUCCAAAGGAGAUUUUAUCUUUUAUUGUCAACAAUUGGAUAUUUACUGCGAAUCGCCUCCUAUGUUAGUAUUCAAUCCCGAUGACAUUACUCCUAAUUUUGAAUAUCCUUCUCCUGAAAAUUUAUCGGAUACUUCAAUUGUUCAUGUUCAAGGCUCUCAGUCUGCUGCAAAUGUAUUGGGAGCUCGUGCAAACUCUUCAACAAGUUUUGAUGCAUUGAAACGUGAUUCACAUUCUUCCAUGGCAACUCAAAGCUCCAGUUCAUCUUACCACCAUUUCAACAGACCAUUCUUUGCAAUGGAUAACUUAUUUUAUGACCAUUCUACUGAUAUAACCCAUUGGAGUGAUUUGCGCAAGGAAGCUAACAAUGUUUUGGACUUCAUAGCAAGAUCUUUAAGAGAUCAAAACAGACAAUUAUUCGGUACUCAUUUUUCGAGGUUGAAUGUAUUUAUUUCAACAAUUUUAUCCUGCUCAAGGUUGAAUCAAGAGGAUUUCGUUGGUACUAAGUAUAGAGAUUCUAUAAGAAGAAAGUUAAAAAGAAUAGGAACUGCAUUCUCUCAAAUAUAUGUUAACGCAGUUUUACAUCUAAGGGUCUUACACAAUUCCGAAGAGACUUCACAGGGCCAGCUAUUUAGCUAUGACAUAUCAACACUAAAUAAAUUAACUAAUGUUUCACCACCAGCUGCUUCAUCGGUCCAAGGAGUUUCUGAAUCUGAAAAUAAAGAUGCUGCCCCAACUAAAACUGAACAAGGAUAUGAGAGUUAUAUGCAUCAAUUGAAUUUUGAAAUUGAAAACUUAAGAUCAAAUAUUAAUUCCUUGGUUAAGAUAUUUAUUAAAUUAAGUCGCGGUAAAAAGACCAAACGUUCAGACUAUGACUCUUCUGAUGCUUCAGAUGAAGAAGGUGAUGAUCGUUUUGAUGUUUUACCCCAAACUAAACCCAGAUUCUUAAUGGAUGAGUUCAAUGGUGGUAAUUGGUGCAACCCAUUUUUUUCAACUAACAAUCCUGCAUUAAACGUUAGUGGAGAUGAUUUAAAAAAUCGGUAUCAUACUAAAAUCAUUAUUGACCACCAAGCCUACGAUUCUGUUUUCCAAUACAUGGAGGAGAUGACCAAGCUAAGUGAAGAGACCUUAGAGUAUCUUGAUCCCAAAGUUCAAGAGAUGUAUUACUAUAAUGCUACAUUGAAGAAUGAGCGAAACACUCAAAUCUUACGAUUAGUUUACAAGUAUCUUUAUCAUGCAAGCUCAAUGAUAGAUUUGAUCGAGUCAUUUGAUUUUACUGUCUUCUGUCUUAUUAAGAGAUACUCAUCAAACGAAGGAGAUUGCUUAGACCCAAUGAAAGAAUCAUCAUCUUCACUCACUACAAAUACAGAGAAUAAUUCAGCCGAAGAAAAGGCAUCAAAUUCUAAGUUGACAUUUGAUUACCCAGUUGUCUUAGAUUUCUUCUAUUUGAAACAAGAAUUUCAUGACUUGAUAUUGAGGAUAAUAAUGUCUACACAGUCAUUGACAUUAGAAGAUCCGGAAGUGUUUAAAGGUCUUAGGGACGAAGAUGCAUUAUUUUACAACCGAGAUACCCUAAAAAUUCCUACGGAAAAGGCUUCUUUAUUGUUAUCUAACAUCCUCCUGGAGAAAAUCAAUAACCUCAAAGGUAAUGCCAUUUCCAUCAAUCCAGAUACAUUAUUAUCCGAUUACUUAUACGAUGGUCUUAAAUCUUGCGAUGUAAUGUUAACUAUUAUUCAACAGUUGAUUGAAGAACGAGAAACUAUUUUGAACUAUGCCACAAGAGUGAUGCAUGAUGAUUUUGAUGUACAAUUGUUAGUGAUGGAACGUAAUAAUACUAUUUCUUCCGAAAAAUCAGAUGACCAUUCAUACUACAGUGGAGGUCAUAAGAAAACUAACGAUGUUCCGUGGUAUCUUGAAGGUGAUGAUGAGUAUGAUCUAUUAUUGGACGUCAAAGGAAAUAUAAAGGGUGGAACAAAAGAGGCUCUAGUGGCACAUCUAACCCAUCAUGACAUGUUUGAUAGUAACUUCAAUGCUGUGUUUUUGUUAACAUUUGCAUCAAUGAUGAGUUUAGGGGAAUUUAUUUCACUUUUGAUAGCACGUUUUAAUAUUGAAGCACCUGAGGGGUUGAGUUAUGAAGAGUACAACACUUGGAUUUCGAAAAAGCAGAAUCCAAUUCGAUUAAGAGUAAUGAACAUUAUGAAAUUGCUAGUAGGGAAACAUUGGUCUAAGUCCUACUUUAAUGUUUCAAUCUUGAGGAAAUGGUUCAAUUUUGCACAAUGUGCACCGGUUCAAUCGUAUUCAGUAGGGAGAAUGCUAACUCAUGAUUUACAGAAAUUGUUGCAAGGAGAGCAAAUAUAUGUCGAAAGAGAACCAGUUAUUCCAGACACAAAGCCCCCAGCGCCAUUAACGAGAGGACCGAUAUUAGGAAGAAAAAUGAAAUUGUUGGACAUAGAUUAUGUUGAAUUGGCUCGACAAUUGACGCUUCGAGAAUUCAGGCUAUAUUGCAAAAUUACAAAGUUUGCAUGUUUGGCCAAGGUAUGGGGUAAGAAGUCCGGAUUAAAUGAAAGCAUUGAUGAUAUCACAGCAUUCAUUAAGGCUUCAAAUCAAUUAACAAAUUUUGUUGCUUAUAUGAUAUUGCGAAAACAAGACGCCAAGAAGAGAGUACAAAUAAUUCGUUAUUUCAUUCAGGUUGCAGAGAAGUGCCGUCAAUAUAAUAAUUUUUCAUCAAUGACAGCUAUUAUUUCGGCGUUAUACUCAUCUCCUAUUCACCGUUUAAAGAAGACUUGGAAGUUUGUUACUUCAGAUUCUUUAUCGCAUCUUCAGAACAUGAACAAAUUGAUGAACUCAUCCCGUAACUUCAACGAAUAUCGUGACGUUUUAAAGUUUAUUGGAUCAGAACCCUGUGUACCAUUCUUUGGUGUCUAUUUAUCCGAUUUAACAUUUGUUUACCACGGGAAUCCCGACUUUUUAAUUAAUAGAACACGAAUGAUUAACUUCGCAAAGAGGGCUAAAACUUGUGAAAUCGUUACUGGAAUUGAUCGUUUCAAAACCAUUGGCUAUAAUUUUCAAGAAGUAAGCGAAAUUCAAAAAUACCUUGACUCGUGGUUUGAUAAAUGCCCUCCUAUCGAAGAACAAUAUCAAAUUUCCUUAAAUUUGGAACCUCGAGAACAGGCUCCAAACACAACCAACACAAAAAGACACAAUUAGGAAUUGUAUAUAACCUUAAUAAAACUUGUAAUUGUAUCCUAAAUAAUAUUCUCGACCUAGUUUACUUCCAAACAAAACAAUUAACGUUG